AUGGAGGUCCAGGCCAAGCCAACCCUGCACGAGGCGCCUGGGGCCAAGGGGUCGCUCUCCCGCGCCCUCGCGCGGGGCCCAGCGCUUCAAACGCCGCUAAUCUGCAUGGCUCCGCCCGUCCCCGCCCUCCCGGGUGGCCGCCCGGACCUGCUAUUUAAGCUCAGGCCCCGGGGGCGGGCCGGCUGUCCGCGGUCCUGCCUCGCGCGUGGGUCUGCUGAGCGUCCCGCGUGCAGCGGAGGCCGGGAGCCGAGCCACCGACGGCGCGGCCGGCCCUCCGGCCGGGCGCGCGCGGCGGUGGCCCUCGCCGACUUCUACCCGUUCGGCCCGGAGCGCGGCGACGCCGUCACCCCGAAGCAAGAUGACGGCGGCUCGGGGCUGCGGCCCCUCUCGGUGCCCUUCCCGUUCUUCGGCGCCGAGCACUCCGGACUCUACGUGAACAAUAAUGGGAUCAUCUCCUUCCUGAAGGAGGUUUCUCAGUUCACUCCUGUGGCCUUCCCCAUCGCCAAAGACCGACGUGUGGUAGCAGCCUUCUGGGCAGAUGUGGACAACCGGCGUGCAGGUGAUGUCUACUACAGGGAGGCCACCAACUCAGCCAUGCUGCACAGAGCCACAGAGGACAUCAGACGCUACUUCCCUGAGCUCCUAGACUUCUCUGCAACCUGGGUUUUUAUUGCUACAUGGUACCGUGUGACCUUCUUUGGAGGCAGCUCCUCUUCCCCUGUCAACACGUUCCAGAUUGUACUCAUCACUGAUGGCAGGUUCUCCUUCACCAUCUUCAACUAUGAGUCCAUCCUGUGGACCACGGGCACACAUGCCAGCAGCGGGGGUGAUGCCACCGGCCUGGGGGGCAUUGCAGCCCAGGCAGGUUUCAACGCAGGCGAUGGGCACCGCUACUUCAACAUCCCUGGGUCACGCACAGCAGAUAUGGCUGAGGUGGAGACCACCACCAAUGUGGGCGUGCCCGGGCGCUGGGCGUUCAGAAUCGAUGAUGCCCAGGUGCGCGUGGGGGGCUGCGGCCAUACAACCUCUGUGUGUCUAGUCCUGCGUCCGUGCCUCAAUGGUGGCAAGUGCAUUGAUGACUGCGUCACUGGCAAUCCUUCAUACACCUGCUCCUGCCUCGCUGGCUUCACAGGGCGGAGGUGCCACCUGGAUGUGAAUGAGUGUGCUUCCCAUCCAUGUCAGAAUGGUGGGACCUGCACCCACGGUAUCAACAGCUUCAGCUGCCAGUGCCCAGCCGGCUUCAGGGGACUCACCUGUGAAUCAGUCCAGUCCCCAUGUGACAACAAGGUGUGUCAAAAUGGCGGUCAGUGCCAGGAAGAGAGCAGUUCUGCAGCAUGUGUAUGCCAGGCCGGAUACACCGGGGCCACCUGUGAGACAGAUGUGGAUGAAUGUGGCUCUGACCCAUGCCUGAAUGGAGGAUCGUGUGUUGACCUGGUGGGAAACUACAGCUGUAUCUGUGUGGAGCCCUUCGAGGGACCUCGCUGUGAGACAGGAAGCCACCUGGUGCCCGAUCUUUGCCUCUCCGCCCCUUGCCAGAACGGGGGCACCUGUGUGGAUGCGGAUCAGGGAUUCGUGUGCGAGUGUCCCGAAGGCUUCAUGGGCUUGGACUGCAGGGAGAGCAUCCCCAACGACUGCGAGUGCAGAAACGGAGGCAGAUGCCUGGGUGCCAACACCACCCUCUGUCAGUGUCCCCCAGGCUUCUUUGGGAUCCUCUGUGAAUUUGAAGUCACAACCACGCCCUGCAACAUGAACACCCAGUGCCCAGAUGGAGGUUACUGCAUGGAGUAUGGCGGGAGCUACCUGUGCGUCUGCCACACUGACCACAACAUCAGCCACAUCAGCCACGCCCUGCCAUCGCCCUGCGACUCCGAUCCUUGCUUUAAUGGAGGCUCCUGUGACGCCCACGACGACUCCUACACGUGCGAGUGCCCGCGUGGGUUCCACGGCAGGCACUGCGAGAAAGCUCGGCCACACCUGUGCAGCUCUGGGCCCUGCCGGAAUGGGGGCACAUGCAAGGAGACGGGCAGCGAGUACCGCUGUACCUGCCCUUAUCGCUUCACCGGGAGGCACUGCGAGAUUGGAAAGCCAGACUCGUGUGCCUCCGGCCCCUGUCACAAUGGUGGUACUUGCUUCCACUACAUUGGCAAAUACAAGUGUGACUGCCCUCCAGGCUUCUCUGGGCGGCACUGCGAGAUAGCCCCCUCCCCCUGCUUCCGGAGUCCGUGUGUGAAUGGAGGUACCUGUGAGGAUCUAGGCACAGAUUUCUUCUGCCACUGCCAACCAGGAUACACAGGACACCGGUGCCAGGCAGAGGUGGACUGUGGUCGCCCCGAGGAAGUAAAACAUGCCACGAUGCACUUCAAUGGAACUCGCAUGGGCUCAGUGGCCCUGUAUACAUGUGACCAUGGCUAUAGCCUGAGUGCCCCCAGCCAGAUCCGUGUCUGCCAGCCACAAGGUGUCUGGAGCCAGCCUCCCCAGUGCACUGAAGUAGACGAGUGUCGAUCUCAGCCAUGCCUGCACGGGGGCUUCUGCCAGGACUUCACUGCUGGGUACCAGUGCCUCUGCAGUCCAGGGUAUGAGGGAGUCUACUGUGAGCUGGAGAUGGACGAGUGCCAACCACAACCCUGCAAAAAUGGAGGCUCCUGCAGGGACCUCCCCGGGGCUUUCAUCUGCCAGUGCCCUGCAGGCUUCAUUGGAGUCUACUGUGAAACAGAGAUGGAUGCCUGUGCCUCCAGCCCCUGCCAGCAUGGAGGCCGGUGUGAGGACGGUGGUGGGGCCUACCUGUGUGUGUGUCCAGAGGGCUUCUUUGGCUACCGCUGCGAGACAGUGAGUGACCCCUGCUUCUCUAGCCCCUGUGGGGGCCGCGGCUACUGCUUGGCCAGCAACGGGUCCCACAGCUGUACCUGCAAAGUGGGCUACACAGGCAAGGACUGCACCAAAGAGCUCCUCCCACCAACAGCUCUCAGGGUGGAGAGGGUGGAGGAGAGUGGAGUCUCCAUCUCCUGGAGUCCGCCUGAAGGAGCCACCGCUAGGCAGGUGCUGGAUGGCUAUGCAGUCACCUAUGCCUCCUCGGAUGGCUCCUCUCGACGUACAGACUUUGUGGAUCGGAGCCGCUCCACUCACCAGCUACGGGCCCUGGCAGCUGGCCGUGCCUACAACAUCUCUGUCUUCUCAGUCAAGCGCAACACCAACAACAAGAAUGACAUCAGCAAGCCCGUAGCACUACUCACCCGUACCCGUCCACGCCCCAUCGAGGACUUUGAGGUCACCAACGUUUCAGCCAAUGCCAUCUCUCUGUGGUGGACUCUGCACAGGAUCCAGCAUGCCACUGUUCAUAGAGUUCGAGUGUCCAUCUUCUACCCUGAGGCCUCUGAGGCCCAAUCUACUGAGGUGGACAGGAACGUGGACCAGAUGACAUUUGGGGCCCUGCUGCCAGGAAGAAGAUACACUGUACGGCUGACCACUCUCAGUGGGCCUGUGGGAGCUGAGCAUCCCACUGAGAGUCUGGCCUCGGCACCCCUGCACGUGUGGACCCGGCCCCUGCCUCCAGCAAACCUGACUGCCUUUCGGGUCACAGCCACCUCUGCCCACGUGGUCUGGGACACCCCCACUCCAGGUGUCUCACUGGAGGCUUAUGUCAUCAAUGUGACCACCAGCCAGAGCACCAAGAGCCGCUAUGUCCCCAAUGGGAAACUAGUGUCCUACACAGUGCGUGACCUGCUUCCAGGUCGGCGGUACCAGCUCUCAGUGACAGCCGUGCAGGGCACAGAACAGGGCCAACUGCACAGUGAGCCUGCACACCUCUACAUCAUCACCUCCCCCAGGGAUGGUGCUGAGAGACGCUGGCACCAGGGAGGACACCACCCACGGGUACUCAGAAAUAGACCAGCCCCUGUGCAGCUUCCAGAGCUACGUCUGCUCAAUGACCACAGUGCCCCUCAAACACCAACCCAGCCACCCAGAUUCUCAGAGCUCGUGGACGGAAGAGGACGAGUGAGUGCCAGGUUUAGUGGCUUGCUCAGCAAAUCAGUGACUGUGAGACCACAACCUACCACCCUGGUGCCACUUGAGAACACAGAGGAGGUCCCUGAGCAGGUCCGCCUGGCCCUCCAGCUCUCCGAGAGCAGCGGCAAGGACACGGAAAGUGCACCUGAGAGCUGUUCAGAAGACACUUGUCAGAACGGAGGCACCUGUGUGCCAGGUACCAAUGCCCACAGCUGUGACUGCAGGCCUGGGUUCAAAGGCAGGCGCUGUGAGCUUGCCUGUGAAAAGGUGCCCCGACCCUGCACACGGCUGUUCUCUGAGACGAAGUCCUUUCCUGUCUGGGAGGGAGAUGUCUGCCACCAUGUGUAUAAGAAAGUCUACAAAGUUCACCAGGACAUCUGCUUUAAAGAGCGCUGUGAAAGUACAAGCCUCAAGAAACCCCAAACAGGAAGGAGGAGCAGUCAUAUCAAGAAGUCUACUGGACCUUAGAUACACUGCCCAAUCUCCAGUGAUCCCAACAGUCAAGGGCAGAGCUGAAGAAAAACCUCAGACACCAGGAGACCAGGUCCACAAACAUGUACGCUAACUUCCACUGCAUCUUCGAGACCUGCCACCAUCCCUCCAUGUAAGCUACAUCAUUAGUAGCGAAUGGCAAGACCAAGAGACAUCACUGGAAAAGUAGAUGAGAUCUCCGCACUGCACUGACCUCAGGCCCACCAGGCAGAUGACAUGUUCCUGUUUCCAGCUGUAACCUAGAUUUCAACAAGAGCCAGCCUACUGAACGCUAGGUGCGCUAUCAUACAAUUUGCCAUUCUGAUGGUUCAGAGUGGAAAUAAAGACUUCCUGACACUGAGGAAUGAGUCUAUUGGAAGCACUGCAAGAGAGCUGCCCUGCUUUCUCACAUACCUUUCUUAAGCAGACUAGUAUCUUCUUUCAAAACAGCCAAUGUAUCCAGGGAAAUAAGUCUUGAUGGUAUUAAAAAACUGACAAGGCAUGAGAAUUUUCUGUGUCAAAAUGAAAGAAGCGAUCACGAGCUGUUGGGCUCACCAUUUCCUGGUCAACAUUUGGAAUGAGCAGACACCCUAUCAAGCUUAAGGAGGACAAUCAAUGUCCUCCAUUCAGGGAGUGUGGAAUCACUUGGAUGCUGCAAGGUGGAAGAGGAUGCGGUAAGGAGCAGAGUGACCAUCUUCAUUUUCAGUUUUAUACCAAGGCCACGGAGAACUUUCUAGGAGGCCCCAAUCUUCCAAGCCCCUCUGAGCACAAGUACCAUCAAACCAGGCCUCUACCUCAGAGCUCUCCUAUCCUAUUCCCAGUACUUCACACGGCUCCUCACACUCACAAGUGCCCCAGGGUGAUGAUAUCCACACCAGGGUAUCUGAGAGCUUUCUGGAACAAACCAAAAUCAGAUCUGAGCUUGUGCUCUCCUCCUCUGGUCCUUGGAAGCCCAUCUUUAGGAGAGAUGUCCACCUAAGACCACUCCCUAGCCCUUCAGUGCUGGUUCUCUGAGCCAGCUCACUGACAGUACAGGCUAGAGUCAAAGAUACCAGGCCUGGAAGCGGUAACUAGCAGGAGCUGGCAUGAAGGCCAACUUGCCCAGGCAGGAAGGGUCAACAACUCACAGGGGAGAAAAGGCCAAUGUUCUGCUGGUAUGAAAAAGCUGUGCAAAGCUAAAGCACACAUUACUAAUCAACUGUCUUUCACGCUGCUGUACAUUGAAUGCAAUUAAGAAGCCGUGAGAUGAUGUUGGGUUAAAAACAUGAGUAUUUCGUGGGAGACCUGAUUCUUGUUUUUAUAAAAUAAAGUGCUAUGACGACAUACUAGACCUCACA